AUGGAAGUCUACAAACACCACCCACAUGGACCGGCUAAAAGUGCUAGCGCACAACACCAGCCAAACUGCCAACAAACAACUGGCCCAAUCAUCAAGGACCCAGAAUUUCAGCACCUAGCCAAACGAUUCGGGCGGCGAGCCGUACGUUUCCUACGAUGCAUGGGCUGGAAAUGGGCCAAACAAUGUGGCAGGUCCAUAUUCAUAUGUGGCAUAUCAAUUGACCCGGUUAAUUGCGUACGGCUGGCCGUAUAUACCGCGUAA